UUCCCCUCUCCAUCUCCGUGCCCUUCCCCCAUCCCCCUAUCCCCCUCCUCACUCACUAUCACCCCUGUCGUCCGCAACCACACUCACUUGAUCUCCUAUCUCCUCCAGCAGCGACAUCUUCCCUCUGUCAUCCUCGACCCCUCGCACACGGUUGUCCUCCUAUCCCAAGUCUAGACGUAGCUCGAGGUGCCCUCCAUACCCAUCAAACCCCUUCGCCCUCGCAGUCUGACCCGACAGCCACCAAUCAUAGCCCUCACCAUCAUCACCAUCACGAUCAUCUCGUAACAUCCUCCUGCAUCCUCUUCGCCGCCGCUAAUCGUUGCGGCGAUGUCCUCCAACCGCUCCCCCACGAUGGCGCCGCCGUCGUCAUCCGCAGCUCGAGGAGCCGGCGUCAACCCUCUGCAAUCUCGACAUGCGCCCAACAAUCAGUACGGCGUCAGAACGACCACGGCGGCUAACGGCAAGGUAGCCUCAUCAGCCACAGCUGCCUCGUCCUCAAAAGCAUACCAUGGAUCAGCGCAGCCUAGCACGCGCGCUCAUCCUGCACGUCAAGCGCCGAGGCCUCCUCAACAACAACAGCAGCAGCAGGCGCCAGCUUCACAGCCAGCAGCAUCGCAGCCUCGUCCACAGCCACAGUCACGUCUCGAGAGAGAAAAGAAGAAGGACUACAAGGACCCGCCCAACAUCGGGCCCUGGCAGCUGGGCAAGCUCAUCGGGCAGGGAGCUAGUGGUCGUGUCAGGCUGGCACAGCAUGCUCAGACGGGUCAGCAGGCAGCAGUCAAGAUUGUGCCCCGUCAGCUCCUGGCAAGCUCGAGGAUGAGCUUGGGAGAGAUGAGCCAGAAGCAGGACAAGCUGACGUUGGGCAUUGAGCGAGAGAUCGUCAUCAUGAAGUUGAUUGAGCACCCAAAUCUUUUGGGUCUGUGGGACGUCUACGAGACAAGCAAGGAGCUCUUCCUCGUCAUGGAGUACGUCGCUGGAGGAGAGCUCUUCGACCACCUCGUCGCAAAGGGCAGGCUGCGUCCUCACGAGGCUCGCGCUUACUUCCGCCAGAUCAUUUUCGGCGUCGAUUACUGCCACCGCUUUAACAUCUGCCACCGUGAUCUUAAGCCUGAGAACCUCCUCCUCGACGGGUCUAAGCGUGUCGUCAAGGUCGCAGACUUCGGCAUGGCAGCUCUCCAGCCCGUAGAGAGGAUGCUCGAGACGAGCUGUGGUAGCCCUCACUACGCCAGCCCAGAGAUCGUCUCCGGUAAGAGCUACAAGGGCUCAGCCUCUGACAUCUGGUCGUGCGGUAUCAUCCUCUUUGCCCUCCUGUGCGGUCGCCUUCCCUUCGACGACCCCAACAUCACUCGCCUGCUGCACAAGGUUCGUGACGGUCGUUUCGAUAUGCCUGACGCCCUCGAGCCAGCAGCAAAGGACCUGAUUUGGCGCAUGCUCGAGGUCGACCCGGAGAAGCGCUACAAGAUGUCCGACAUCAUAAGGCACCCUUGGUUCACCAACAAUGGCGCAGAGUCAUCGGUCAAUCCGUCCGGUCCUGGAGAGGCGAUGCUUGGUGUAGAGGCUCAGCUGCGAGAGUCAGAGAUCGACGUCGAGAUUCUCAAGAACCUCAAGUCCCUUUGGCCCGAGAAUUCGACUCGAUCCAUCGUCAAGUCAUUGACUUCGCCUGGAUCUAACUGGCAAAAGACAUUCUACUCCCUGCUCUGCCAGCACCGCGACAACCAUAGCAUGGACGAUGAGAGUGAUGAGGAAGAAGAGGAAAGCGAGGGCGAGGCAGAAGUGACCACGGCUUACAAGCAGAACGUCCAGCAGCAGCAACAGCAGCAGUCGAGGCCAGCCGCAGGUGGCAACAGCUUGGGUCUCUCCCUCGGUAUCGUCCCGAACGCCUCAAAGCCUGCUGCUCCUACUCAGACGAUCAAGAUCCAAGAGCCCGCUUCGACUCGCACCGCUGUGCCUUCGGGAGCACUCGCAGGCACUCCUGUCAAGCCUGUCCUGCUGCGAGCUGCCACCGAUGUACCAACGGGCUCGCCUCGCACCAACGCCAACACUUCUGCGCGUGCUGCCGUCUUCCAACAGCCUGCAGCAGCCCAUACUCCCACGCGACCCUCUGCUUCUCGCGCACACAGCCACGAUGCUCCUCGCUCUCCCUCGCCUGCCGGACCUCGCCCUGUACCUGGCUCGCCCAAUGCUGAGGCUCGCAAUCGCACCAGCUUCGAUACUGCUCGUGCUCACUUCAACGGUGCUGCACCCGCAAGUCCUCAACAGCCGCCAGCUGGCGCCAACCUGUCACGCCGAAUCACCUCGCCCAGCCACCGCGAUGGCAAGCCUACGAGGCCAGCCACGGGCGACGUGCAGGCGACGCCUACUCGCAAGUCUUCGCUCUCCGGUAGCAGCCGAGGAGACUCGCAGCAGCGACCAGGCGCAACACCGGGCUCUGCAGGCCGUCGUCCCGUCAGCGUACACGCGCCGGCGAUUACGGUGCCCCAGGUUGGCGACGCUACGGUGCAGCGCUUCUUCCAGGAGAUCGCCGCCGAGCUGGCGAGCAUCCGUGCCGCUUCGCCCGUUCAAGCUCACCUGACUCAGUACCAGCAGCGAGCGGAGCAGGCUUACCAGCAGCUUCAGCAACAGCAGCAGCAGGCUCAGCAGCAGCAGAGCCAGGGAUCGUCUCAGCAGGGCCAGCAACAGUCGAGGCGCCGAUCCGUCGAAGUGGAGCGCAGCAGCAUGACGGCGCAGCCCGCGGUCCGCCUUGCUCCGUCGCCAAUCAAUGCUCCCACCCCUCAGCUUUCGGCAGGCAACGAGUUCAACCAGUUCGAGGAUGCGGACGAGGACCCGCUGUCGGGUGGCCUAGAAUACGACCAAGGCUCGGUGCGCUCAUCCCGCGUAGGCAGCGAAGUCAAUGCUGGAUCGUCACCCUACACGCCUACUUCGCCGCUGCCCCCUCAGCUGCCUGGCUUCAGCCCGGUCAUGACGCAGCCGCUCAGCAUCUCGGACAAGUCGGCCGCACCGGGCGGCGUGAUGAUCAAUGGUCGCCUCUCCAGCCGUCCCGCUCCUGGUCCAUUCGCUACCAGGCCUAUCAGCCCUGCUCCUUCGACGCGACCUCCCUCGAGCCACAGGAGCAGCGCUCGCGAACCGUCAUCGGCCUCGACUGCCUCCUCCUCGUCGGCUGGCUCUUCGUCUGUGGCACAAUCCCCUCAGAUGCCCUCCGGCGGUGGCUUCCUCGGUAAGCGUCGCUCCAUCCUGGGCAUGCGCAGUAAGCACCGCGAGCCCGCCCAACAGCAGCAGGACGAGAACAAUGCGCCUACACCCCUACAAGCUCGACUGGCCCAGAAUGCGACUGCUCAGCCUACGCGUCUUCAGCAGCGCAACCCUGGUCUUGGUCUCGACUUGGCCUCCUCCUCCUCGCCCAGCCGUCGUCAGCAAAACGCCUCUGCGCCAGCCAGUGCUGCUUCUCCCAGAAUCGUCGCAGCGCCCCUGCCCAGCCCGACGAUCAGCGUCAGCUCAACCCCUGCCACGCCGCGCACCCCGUCAGGCAGCUCUGCUGGAACGGGCACUGCCUCAGCAGCAGGCCCCGGUGCGAAGCAGAGCUGGUUCGCCGGUCUGUUCAACUGGAAGCCUCUCUCCCUCUCGCUCCACUCUUACGAGGGAUUCAUCGCCACUCAGAUGGAGGUCAAGCGCCUGCUCCUCACCUCGGGGGCGAAGGUGUUCAUCGAGGACUCGGAGAGCUUGGGGAUGUGGAGAUGCUCGCUCAAGGACAACAACAGUAAGACUCUGCGAUUCCGCAUCGAGUUCACCGUCGGUGGCGGCAGCACUGCGGCAAGUCCACAAAAUAUGCUCGCUUCGCCUGCGCUGAGCGUUCCCGGAACACCCCUGCUCGGUCUGGGCAACCAGGCGCAGCCCUUGCUGUCCCCCGCCCUCUCUUCGCACUCGCGCUCCUCAGCAGAGUCAGUUGUCGUCAAGAACACCAAUGCCAAUGCGGGCGGCCAGGCUGUGUACUCGACGAAGAUCACCUUCCACCUGGAGAAGGGUUCCAACCAGACGUUCAAGAACAUGUACAACCAUAUGGCCAGGGAUUGGCAUAUGGAUGUGCGAUCUGCCAACGCUGGUGGGCAGUCACCUGCUCUUGGCGGACAGCGCGCUGGUGUCGUUGGCCUGGGCGUCAACGUCUGAGAGAGAGUGAAUGGCUCUUUCUGCCUUCUCUGCCUCUUUCGAUCCUCUUCUCCGGACUCUCCCUUACGACCACGAUCCAUCCGUAGCUCGAUAAUACCUCCCUCAUUCCUUCUUUCAUCUUUGACUUCAUCCUCUCUUUCUCUUGUUUCGUCUUUCAUCUUCACGCUUCGUAGCCUCUCUCACUACACACA